AUGGGACAUAGAAGAUUUCUUGCAUUGAGUCAUCUAUUUCGCAUGAAAAGAAGCUGGUUUGAUGGACAUAUUGAAAAUGGCAUUUCGCCAAAGAUAAAAACUGGUGAAGAAAAUUCCAGUGAAGUUGAUAAAAUUGUAAAUGAUUGGAGCAAAAGUGGUAAGCGAAAGAGAAAGAAGAAUACGACUCAAUCCAAUGUAACGUGGAAGAAAAAGUCAAUAUUUUGCAGGCUACCAUAUUGGAAGACUUUGCUUAUACGUCAUAAUUUGGAUGUGAUGCACGUGGAAAAGAAUAUUUGUGAGAGCAUCAUUAAUACACUUUUGAAUGUGAAAGGAAAAUCGAAAGAUAGCAUUAACUAUCAUAAGGACUUAAAAGCUAUGAAUAUUAGGCAUGAUCUACAUUCUGAGAGUAGAGAAAAUAAAUUUUACUUACCUGUAGCUCCUCACACUUUAUCAAAAGCAGAAAAACAAAUGUUUUGCAAAAGGCUUGCUACCUUGAGAUUACCUAAUAGUUAUGGUUCAAAUAUGGCAAAUUGCAUUUCAGUGGAAGAAUGUAAGAUAGUUAGACUGAAAUCUCAUUAUUGUCACCUUUUAAUGCAACAAUUACUAUCAGUUGCAUUGAGAGGACUUCUUCCUAAAGGACCAAGGAACUUCAUUUUUAAAUUGUGUUCAUUUUUUAAUGAAAUAUGUCAAGGAGUUAUAGAUAGGAAUAAGGUUGAAAUUUUAGAAGAGGAUGUUUCUGAAACUUUGUGCAUGUUGGAAAGGUAUUUUCCGCCUUCCUUUUUCAAUAUAAUGGUUCAUUUAAAAAUUCAUAUUGGAAGAGAAGUUCGUCUAUGUGGACCAGUUCAAUAUCGUUGGAUGUACCCAUUUGAGAGGUAUAUGAAAGUGUUGAAAGAAUAUGUUAUGAAUCGUGCAAGACCUAAAGGGUCCAUAGCUGAACGAUAUAUUUUUGAAGAAAAUGCGAUGUUUUGUAGCAAAUACAUAAAACAAACAUCUGAAAUCGGCUCUCGGACUGCACGCAAUGAAGAGUAUGAAAGUGACUUCUUAGUUGCAGGCGUCCAAUUUCUAAAGGGAAGCCACUUGAUGCAUAUGGAUGAACUCAAGAGUUCUGACAAACGACUUGGAAUAAAUGAGAAUUUGUUGCAUAAGAAACAUGUUGACACGUUUGCUACCUGGUUGCACAAUAAGCUCGAAGUACAUAUAUCGACAAGAUUAGUGUUUAAUUCUGUUAUUCAUUCUCUCAUUCCUAACGUGUUUAUAAUAAUAACAGAUUGCAGGCCAAUUGUUGCUGGACAAUAUGCUGAAAACUCUCGCCAAAACAGUGGCAUCUUAGUUGAAGCAACAACUAUAUGUAGAUCUAGUGCAAAAGAUAAUGCACAUGUUGUUGAUAAAGUUCUUUAUUAUGGAGUUUUGCGCGAUAUUAUAGUGCUUGACUACAAUACAUUUCAUAUUCCAAUAUUCUGGUGUGAUUGGGCAAAUAUUGUGAAUGGAAUAAAGAAGGAAGAUGGAUUCACUUUGGUUAACCUUCAUCAAGGACAGGGUCAAUUUGAAAAUGAUCCUUUUAUUUUGGCAUCCCAGGCGAAACAAGUUUUUUAUUCUAGGGAGGAGAAUGAAACAUCUAAUUGGUAUGUUGUUUUGCAAGCAUCACCAAGAGACUUUCACGUGUUACAUAUGGAAGAAGAUACUUCUUAUGGGGCAACUAUUCCAUUGGAUGUAACACAACUUGAAGACAAUCAUGAGAAGGAUGAGAAUUUUGCAAGGAUAGAUAUAGCGCCGAUGAUUCCAGCCUUCUGUAGCAAGAGAAUCAGCAACCUGGUUGCCUUCUCUGUAGAUGUGUGA